CCCACAGGACUCCAUGUAAGCAGCACCAUGGAACUAAAGUGGCUGCUGUGUGCGACAUUGCUGAUACUUGGAUUAGUUGAUGUCCAGACACAUGAUGAGGAAGAUGACCAUGAUGAUGAUGUAAUUGAUAUUGAGGAUGACUUGGAAGAUGGUGUUGAGGACGUAGAAGAGACGAAGCCUGAAGCCAGCAGCCCUCCUCCAUCCCCGAAGGUUAGCUAUAAGCCCCCAGUACCAACAGGAGAAGUUUAUUUUGUGGAAAACUUUGAUAAGGGAACCCUGGAAGGAUGGGUUCUUUCCAAGGCCAAGAAGGAUGACACAGAUGAUGAAAUUGCAAAAUAUGAUGGUAAAUGGGAAGUAGAGGAAAUGAAGGACACUAAACUUCCAGGGGACAAAGGACUUGUACUGGUUUCCCGGGCCAAGCAUCAUGCGAUCUCUGCCAAACUGACAAAGCCCUUCAUAUUUAAUACCAAACCCCUCAUUGUACAGUAUGAAGUGAAUUUCCAAAAUGGGAUCGAGUGUGGCGGUGCCUAUGUGAAGCUGCUUUCUAAAACCACCGAGCUGAACCUGGAUCAGUUUCAUGACAAAACUGCCUACACAAUCAUGUUUGGUCCUGAUAAAUGUGGAGAAGAUUAUAAAUUACACUUCAUCUUUCGGCACAAGAACCCCAAAACCGGCAAAUACGAAGAGAAGCAUGCAAAGCGUCCAGAUGCAGAUCUGAAGACCUACUUUACUGAUAAGAAGACGCACCUCUAUACUCUGGUCUUGAAUCCUGAUAAUAGUUUUGAAAUCCUGGUUGAUCAGACUGUGGUGAAUAGUGGGAAUCUCCUAAAUGAUGUGACUCCUGCUGUGAAUCCACCCCGAGAGAUUGAGGACCCAGAUGACCAGAAACCAGAGGACUGGGACGAGAGACCCAAGAUCCCAGACCCAGAUGCUGUUAAACCAGAGGAUUGGGAUGAGGAUGCUCCUGCGAAGAUUUCAGAUGAUGAUGCUGUGAAGCCAGAAGGUUGGCUGGAUGAUGAGCCAGAAUAUGUAGCUGAUCCUGAUGCAGAGAAACCAGAGGACUGGGAUGAGGAUAUGGAUGGAGAAUGGGAAGCACCUCAGAUUGCAAAUCCCAAAUGUGAGUCAGCCCCUGGCUGUGGUACCUGGCAACGACCUAUGAUUGACAAUCCCAACUACAAAGGCAAAUGGAAGCCUCCUAUGAUUGAUAAUCCCAACUACCAGGGAAUCUGGAAGCCCAGGAAGAUCCCAAACCCAGAUUUCUUUGAAGAUCUAGAACCUUUCAAAAUGACUCCCUUCAAUGCUGUGGGCCUUGAACUAUGGUCAAUGACCUCUGACAUCUUCUUUGACAACUUCAUCAUCUGUACAGACCGAGUUGUGGCAGAAGAUUGGGCCAAUGAUGGUUGGGGUCUAAAAAAGGCAGCUGAUGGUGCUGCAGAGCCUGGUGUUGUGGGCCAGAUGAUGGCAGCUGCUGAAGAGCGUCCCUGGCUGUGGGUGGUGUACAUCCUAACUGUGGCUCUUCCUGUGUUCCUUGUUGUCCUCUUCUGCUGUUCUGGAAAGAAACAGCCAAGCGCUGCAGAGUACAAAAAGACUGAUGCUCCUCAACCUGAUGUGAAUGAGGAGAAAGAGGAGGGAAAAGACAAGGCAGAUGAAGAGGAGGAAGAGGAGGAGGAGGUGGAAGCGGAAUCAAAUGAGGACAAGCAGGAAGAGAAGCAAAAGAGUGAUGCUGAUGUUGGAAGUGCUAGUCAAGAGGAGGAGGAGGAGGAGGAAGAGGAAGAAGAUGGAAAACCCACAUCAGAGGAGGAAGAAAGCAUGAAUAGAUUGAAAAAAUCAUAAGAACUUCAUCUAUGAUUAUAUUUUCCCCCAACAUGGUUCUGGGAGAGGACCUUGGAUACCUUAUGUUGAAACUCAAACAAACCUCAAGACUUCACCAUCCGCAGGUUCCAGUCGCACUAUCCAAUGUAACUGAGUGUCUAGCAGUAAAAUAUUUGCAAUCAUCUCUUUAAAAAGAACACCAUUCCUGUAGAAAGAUGCAUUUAAUGUAAUGGGCUGUGGAUUUUGGAAUGUAACAAAACUAACCUUUUAUUUUAGUUUUUAAAUAGAUUGGUAGAACUUUGCCAGUCUCUCAACCUUAGCUUAAUUUAAUGUAUUAAUUGAUCAAUGAAAAAUAACAGAUUUAGAAAAAUGCUAGUUGAUGAAAUGCAGUUUUUAUAACUUUUUUUUUUUUUUUUUUAUAAACAUGGAAAUUACUGGCAAUGCCUGUAUAUCCCUUAAAUUUGGUGGUCGUGUUAGCUGUCAGUGGCUACAUUGACACCUUUUUUUUUUUUAAGUCCUCUCAAAUAAGGAAAUUAGGGAUGGGAAGGAAGUUUAAGUCCAAGAAACUAUCUAACUAAGAUGUGUUGAUAUUCCCAAGAAAGCCCUCUCAUUUACUUGUUGAGGGAGAAGCAUAGGUAAGCAAUGAAAUAAGCAUGUUGCCUAUGGCUGUUGCCCAGUUAAGUGUUCACAAUUGGCUUAAGGUAGCGGGGGUAGGUUUAACUAUGGUACUUAAUCUUGCAAGACUCAAAGAGGCCGGAUGUCUGAUUUCUUUAGUUCUUGAGCUCUUCACAGUAGGCAGUGGUUGUUCGGGGGUUGGUUUGUUUGUUUGUUUGUUUUAAAUACUUUUCCCUUCCUCCGGCCCUAGCUUUCUCUGCUACUAUGCAGCUUCUUUAGAGUGUAGGUUGGCCUCCACUACUGAAAACUACUUUAUGCUUGGCUCACUAUCAAACUUUUAUAGGUGUGUUGGGUUUUUUGUGGGGCAAAAGGGUGUUUUUUGUUUUUUAAGCUACACCUACUUCUUUCUAGGGUCCAAACACUGGAUAUGACAGUGUCCCUAAUCUCCUUAUUGUUGCCCUGUAUCUAAACUCCUGCAUAGAGACAGGGAGGUGAGAAAAGAAUAGACAAGUAGACCUAAAGACUCAUAUCAGAAGCAAAGAUGUCAGUAUUUGUAGAUGGGGAAGGAGCACAUGGAAUAACCUACUUGAUAUGUGUAACCAUUUGAGUCUUUCAUCUGCUUUUCAUGUAACAGUUGCAUUCUAAAUUAUAUUGUGAAUAUAGGGGGUUCCAAAUCCAGUUAAAUAAAUUUUUUUUUAAAAAAAAUGUCACGUCUAGUAUAUUAUACUGUUCUAAAAGUUUUUUUUUUGUUUUGUUUUGUUUGUUUGUGGAAUGCAAAUGACCACCACCAGAGCAUACCUCUAAGAUGGUAGACUCUGAUGCUUUCAUUAGUGUACCAAAAUGUAUUAAAGAGGGAAGGUUAAUGUCUACAAAGACUAGCUUUUUGCCCUUUGUUCAAAAUAACUUUAAAUGUCCUAAAUUGCUCCUUGCACUGAACAGAAACACUCCAUGUUCCAUUUGUAUUUUUGUUUAGAGUAGGGUAGAAGGUGAAGAACAAUUCUAGAAAAAAAAAUUACCCCAGUUUUUGAAAACCAUCUUACCAAUGUCUAACAUUUAAAAACAAAAACUCUGGCUGCCUGUCCUUAACCAAGAGAGUUGGUGGUUUGUUUUGUUUUAAUACCAGUGAUCGUAAAUGCAUAGCAGGAUUGCUUGACUGCUCUGUAGUGUGCAAGUAGAACAUGGUAAAUUUAGACUUCUGUUUAAACUUACUUCUAGAAAUGGGACAUCUCUUCACUUUUUAAACACCUCAUCUUACUCUCUCCAAAAUAGCUCUGCUCUGCUGUUGGAAACUGCCAUGUUUUUAUAGGCACUGCUUUUAAUUUAAUUCUUCUUGGCUUUCCAGAUAGCUUUUAUAGAGUAGCAGUACUACUCGUGAUUUAGUCCCUCCCAGAUAAAAAUAGGUGUAGAUAGGUUUGCCAAUUCAUAGAUGGCCUCUGGUGUUCAGCUACUAUCUCGGCACAAUUUACAAACCUAUUUUAAUGCAAUUCACUUAAUGCUGUUUUUAUCUUCACGUACAAACUGCCUUAAUUUCCAGUACUUUCUCCUACACACACCCUCUCUUCCAAAACACUACUAGAAGUGAAAUUCUGAAAUGCUUUUCAGACAUCAGCUAUUAAAUGGUAUUGCAUUAAAGCUGAAUGUACACAUCUUUCUGCUUCUACUGGACCUCUUUGAAAGGGUCUCCUGUUUGCAUGUGAUGGCUUUCUUUGGUCCCAUAAUGUAAAUCUUUUAAAUAGUCACUACAUUAAAUGGUGAAUCUCCACAAUGGAUAGAAAACUUCAGUUUUAACUUUUGUCAUGGCAUCUAACUUUGCCUCCAGUGUUUAAAUGGCAAGCCUCUUUUGAAUAGAUAAAAGGAUAAGGUGCCAAUUUCGUUAAAAGGGUUGGCAUUGUUAGCUAUCCACUUCCAAGUAAAAGGAGAAUAUAUUAAGGCUAACAGUAUUUUCUGACUACCUGAAGCUUCAGUUAUCUCCCACCUGUGACUUGAACAGUUAGUGACUCUUAAAAGUACUUGGAAAGAAGUCUGCAUUUUAGUAAGUGGAAAGCAGUUUGACUGCACAUAAGUGCAGUGGUUAAUGGACUUCUUAUAAAGGGUCUUUUGGUCUUUAUAUAGCAAAACCUGAAUUCUCUCACCUUUUUAAUGAAGAAAUCUGUUAGAUAACUGGUUCUACAGAGCCAACAGACUCUACCAUAGAUUUGAGUGUCACUGUUCACUUGGCAUUUUUAAUGUCUGAAAUAGUAAAGAGUAUGUUGGAAAGACUGAAAAAUAGUCGUCUUGGAAUUGUGAUCAGUGAAAGGCAGUAAAGGAAACAUAGCAAACUUACUGAUAUUUUCUUAGUAAAAAGUAAGUGGGGAUGUAAACUGGCCUUUCAGAGUGUUUGGUUAUCCAGUGAAUUAACAGAACUUGAGAAUGUGGAUUUUAAAAUGUAUUUGACAGUGUCUAAGAUUUGGAUCUCUGGGAUGGAGAGGGUAUUCUUACAAUUAUUCAUUACUAGUAAAGAAGUUUUAUCUCCUCUACAUAUGGCUCCACUCCAACCUGUGGCAGCAAACAUGGUGCUAGUGACCAGUUUCUCUGCACCCCUCUGCUAUCCCCAUAUGCACUUAUCUCUAAAUGCCAGUAUUGCCUCCAUAAAUUGUUUCAAAAACAAAAUCCUCAAGUGUUGCUAAAUGAGAACUGUGACUUCUCUCACAGAAAAGUCCUGUCUGUCUGUUUGAAAAAGGAUAAUUGUAGAUGCAGUAUGCAUAUAUAAAUAUAUUGGAUAAGUUAUAAAUGUAAGUUUACUCUGAUUAAUAAAGAAACUUAAAUCUAUACAGCUUUCUUUGUCUAAUUGGCUAAAAAAUAGCUAAAGGCUUUUAUCUCUGGGUUUUCAGUAUUGAGGUGAAGGGGAGCUGCAGCCUUGCUUAAUGGCUA